AUGUCUCGUAGUUUUAGCCGCCGUUUCAUUCAACACGGUCUUCUUCUAUGUACAUCGGCUUUAGGUACAGGUUUUCUCAGUCAAUAUAUGCUCGAGAAAAACAAAUUAAAUGCAUCAACUUAUCCAUUACAUAAACCAGCCGUAUGGUUAGAUGACUGUCCAUCACGCGAAGCUCAAAUUGAUAUAAUGUCAAAAGAAGCUGAAUAUGAUAUUGUAGUUGUUGGUGGUGGUGCUACAGGUUGUGGAGUAGCUGUUGAUGCAGCAAGUCGCGGUCUCAAGGUAGCUUUAGUAGAAAAAUAUGAUUUUAGUAGUGGUACAUCAUCACGAUCAACAAAAUUAAUUCAUGGUGGUGUACGAUAUUUACAAAAAGCCAUAUUGCAACUCGAUCGGGAACAAUAUCAUAUGGUAAAAGAAGCUUUAUCUGAGCGUGGUAAUCUUCUUAAAAUUGCACCACAUUUAUCAUAUCCAUUAGCAAUUAUGUUACCUGUUUAUAAAUGGUAUCUUUUACCAUAUUAUUAUGCUGGUAUAAAAGCCUAUGAUUUUGUAUCAGGUCGACAAUUACUUCGAUGGUCCUAUAUAAUAUCAAAAACUAAAGCUUUAGAAUUAUUUCCAAUGUUAAAAAAAGAAAAACUUGUUGGUGGUAUUGUAUAUUAUGAUGGACAACAUAAUGAUGCACGUAUGAAUAUAGCACUUGCAUUUACAGCAGCACGUAUGGGAGCAAAUGUUGCUAAUCAUUGUGCUGUUACUGAUUUUAUACAUGAAUAUAUUCAAGUUAACAAUAAAGACGGACAAACAGAAACAAAAAAAGUUAUUUGUGGUGUUAAAUGUUUAGAUAGAUAUCGAAAUAAAGAAUUUUCAAUACGUGCUAAAUGUGUUGUUAAUGCAACAGGACCAUAUACAGAUGUAAUUCGACAAUUAGAUGAUCCAUCCGUUCCAAAAAUUUGUCAACCAUCAGCUGGUGUUCAUAUUGUAUUACCUGAUUAUUAUAGUCCGCAUAAUAUGGGUCUUCUUGAUCCAAAUACAUCUGAUGGACGUGUUAUCUUUUUUCUACCUUGGCAAAAACAUACAAUGGCUGGUACAACGGAUACACCAUGUGAAGUAACUGAUUAUCCAUCACCAUUAGCUGAAGAUGUUGAUUUUAUAAUAGGUGAAAUAAAAAAUUAUCUUUCAUCUGAUAUACAAGUACGUCGUGGUGACAUAUCAGCAGCAUGGUCUGGUAUUCGACCACUUGUUCUUAAUCCAAAUAAAAAAGAUACACAAUCAAUUGCAAGAAAUCAUAUUAUUCAUGUUAGUGAUUCAGGUUUAGUUACAAUUGGAGGAGGAAAAUGGACAACCUAUCGACAAAUGGCCGAAGAAACAGUUGAUCGUUGUAUACAAUCAGCUAAACUUCAACCAAAAAAUGCUUGUAUUACAAAAGGUUUAAUACUUAACGGUGGUGAAAAAUGGUCACCAACAUCUUAUAUACGUCUUGUUCAAGAUUAUGGUAUUGAAACUGAGGUUGCUAUACAUCUUUCAAAUACAUAUGGUGAUCAAGCAAAUAAAGUAGCUGAUUUAUCAGCAUUAACUGGAAAACGUUGGCCAGUUGUUGGUAAACGUUUACAUGAAGAAUUUCCUUAUAUAGAAGCUGAAGUUCAUUAUGCUAUAAAAGAAUAUGCUCGUACAGCUGUUGAUAUACUUGCAAGACGUACAAGACUUUCAUUUCUGAAUGUAAUUGCUGCUGAUGAAGCUCUUCCUCGUAUUAUACAAAUUAUGGCUAAAGAAUUAAAUUGGAACGAAAAAAAGCAAAAAGAAGAAAUGGAUCGCGCGAAAACAUUUCUUCUAAGUGAAAUGGGCCUUAAUUUGAAACGUGAUAUGCGUCGAAAUGUACCAAUUAAUUUUACACGUGAAGAAAUGAGUUAUUAUAUGAAACAUUUUCGACAAAUGGAUGUUGAAAAUAAAGGUUUUCUAACACUUAGUGAUUUAAAACGACAUCUACAAGUAUUGGAUAAUGAUAUAUCCGAAGAAGAACUUCGAAUUUUAAUGCAUGAAGUUGAUCAAAAUCAGAAUGGUAUUAUUGAAACUGAAGAAUUUCUUCAGUUAAUGAGCGCAAUAAAUACCGGUGCUGUAUCGACAAGUCAUUUUGUUAAAGCUGCUCGUAUUGCUAAAAUCAAGAGUAAUACAGGUGUUGAACGAAGCGGUGGUGGAGUCUAG